AUGCAAUUAUCUCCCCUCACAAUUUCUGGUUCCCUGCCCCCAAUCCCCUCGGCAUUCGGGCGCGUCAGGUUCGGGCUGAUGGCGACGGGGGCGGAGGUGCUGCGGCACAUGGGACCCGACCGUCGAGUGGAACAAGUUGAAGAUAUCACCAAUGCGGUGGCGGCGGCGGCGGAAGAACUUGGGGGAGACGACGAGGAGAUCCUGCGGUUCAUGGACUCGGCGGAUGGCUACCUCCUCCUCAUGGAUUCGCUUUCCGUCGCUCUUCGCCAGGGUUGGCUUGAUCUGGCAAGUGCUCGUCACUCGAUGGGCGCAUCACGUGUUUCGAGUGUGCUGUUUGAUCAUAAGGAGCAAUCUGCAGCCACUAUGCUGCAAGUGGAUUAUUCUGCAGAUUUGCAACCAUCAGAAUCAAAGCCGCAUUUUGCUCUGUCGAAGUGGUGCUUGCAAGAAGAAUCAAGCUCCAGUGGUGUUAUCUGUGUACAAGAUGGUACUAAACCAAAACUAAGGUACCGAGGAUCAGAAGCUACCCCAGGAGAUGGUAGCAGGGAAUCAGAUGCAAGUACUGCAAAGUCUUCUACUGGUGUUGACAUUAGCAACCAGGUUCAAAGUGCAAGAUCAAAGGAAUUGUCAGUCUUCGGAAAGUUGGUGUCUCCAAAACUACGAACAACCCAAGUUUCCUUCGAAACAGCACUUGAACUAAUUGUGGAGCUAGCUAAUUCAAGAUCAACCAUGCUCUCUAGUUUCUCACAGAUAAAGUGCAGAUCAUGA